AUGCGCUGCCAGCAUGUGCCAUUCGAAGCCUUUGCCCUGCUGAGUCCCGCGACGAUAACGCACGGGUGGACGUCGGACGCGUACCUCGUCACGCCCGCUGGCUCAACCGGCCUCUCAAUCAAGCAACAAAAGGCGACGCUCGAUUCCCUCCUGAUCUCUGGGCUCCACGAGGCGAUUGUGAGCGGCAACCUGCUGGCACUUUGGGCGCUCGGGGUGCAGCUCGCCUCCAGUGCCCUUCUGCGACAGCACCGCUUUGCCGAAUGCAUCACUCUGGACAGGACUCUGCUGAUCAUCGAAAACUCGAGCCUCGACGGAGGCUCUGGAGAGGCACCGCGGCCGUGGAGCCGCGCCACCACGGAGCUGUCCCUUCGCCUGGCUGAAAACCACGAGGCUGUUGAAAAUUUCGCAGAUGCAGCGAAGGAGUACCAGCAGCUUAUUCGAGCCGCGUCUGAAGACCCGAUGGUACUCCGAAAACCACAGCAGCUGCCCACGAUGUACAGCUUCCUUGCCCUCGCGCUCAAGCGAGGGGGCCAGCUGGCGCGCGCGGAGCCAGUUUACCUGGCUGCUCUACAGCUCACCUCUGCCUUCGGUGACGAAGGACAGCGCAAGCACAUCCUGCAGAUGCUGCUCUCCCUCUACCUCGAUAUGGCAUUCGAAAAGAGAGAGAAGAUCGGGCCAAUCGUGGAGGAGCUCUUUUCGUUUCCGGAUGGCCUUGACAUGGCCAGCCCGAACACGAUGAUCGUCCCUGCCACGGGAUGGCCCUACGUCAUCUUCCCCCAGGCUGUCCGCUCAUUUACGAUCGACAACGCGGGAGUGACGUGCGAGUCGUCAAAGCAGAAGACUAGGCAGCUGCUUCAGCAGUUCGAGCAGGGGCCUACGCCAUCGUCGCCAGCGCAAGCAGCAGCGAUGGAUCGGACGACUCGCGCCAGUCCCAACUGGAUCGCUCAGCGCGAAAACUCGAUUCGUGGGCUCGGCAAGGUCUCUCGCAAUGCUGCGAAGCGGGCCGGCGUGCUCGUUCGCACCUGCCACUCCUGCGGUGCCGCCGCCUCUGCCUCAAUCCGUCUGAAGGAGUGCGCCCGUUGCCACGAGGUGGAGUAUUGCUCUGUCGGGUGCCAAAAGAGCGACUGGAAGGCGCACAAGAAGAUCUGUGGCAAGGGCGGGCCAGUAGAUCGCUCGCUCGCAGCACUUGAUCUUAGUGGAGGUUGA